CAGCAAGAGUGAAAUGUCGGGAAGAGGAGUAAACGGACGAAAGUGUGCCGUUUCGUAUCAACUUGUUCUAGAGGGGAGCAUAGACUUCUUUAAACGCCACGAAGAGUCCAAAGUGUUCGUUCGCCACGCAAGUGGGGGUAGCCACAUAAGUACAACACGGCCUUAAGAAAAGCUUUCAUUCUGAUAGCAGAUCGCAAAUCCAAAGAACCGGUGAAUUUGCGCGAUCGACGGCUUCCACGCGCUCAGCUGUUCGCGGACGGAGAAGUGUAGGAGGAAAGAAACGGAAGUUCCUCCCGGAGGACCGGAUGCUCGGAUGCAUUUGGAGAAAACAUACAUAUUCAUUCGAGGAGAAGAGAAGAGACGUUCGAGGCUUGAUCCUCCCACCCAGUAUUUCUACUUGCGAGAUUAGGAUAACUCGACACUACGACGAUGGUACUGGUUUUGCUGAUUCCUAUAAUCGGAUUUGCGACGGCGAAUCCUUUUCAAAGCUCAUUGGACAACCGAUUGAUUCUUCAAAUCCAAAAAACUCUGCAUCCCGCGGAGAGCCGUUUGGACACAAUAGACGAGAGUCCGAGUAAAGCGGAUAAGAUGGUGGAAAAUAUAAAUAAAACGCUGUCGAACUUAAAGCGUACGGCCGAUCGUCCUAAAGAUUCGGAAGCAUACGAUAACGAAGCCGGCGAAAAAUUAACCCAAGGACGAAAACACAAAGCCAUACUAUUGGACUAUCCUCUGGUACCCCAUGUGUCUCAUUACCCAAGGGUAUCCACGUACAAAGUCGACUACAACGACGAUUCGGAGGCUGCAGCAAAGGACAGAUUGUCAGGGGAGUUUGAAAAAAGAUACCAAGAAAGCAACAUCUUCUACAUUCGACUUCCACCCACUCCGUACACAUUCGUACCCGGCCUCGGAUACAUCUCGCAGCCACCUACCUAUUCGACCUCCUUAAAGCCUCAAAUACCUCUUGUAACGGAGCUAUUCCAGCUACCCUACGUAAGGCCAGUAGGACGACCUCAACCGGUCCCUCAGCAGACCAUUAAUCCCUUCAUCAAAGUGCCCAUAGACUUUGUGAGCAACGGCAAGCCUAUCUCCGUCUAUCAAUGGCAAAAGAAACCUAUCAACAAGAAACCGGCCGACAGUCCAAUUACGAACCUGGACAAUCUGUCGGCCGAUUUUGUGAGCAACGGUAAGCCGACCUCCAUUUAUCAGUGGCAGGCGAAUCACAAGCCAGCAAAGAGGCCGGAUGAUUCGCUUAAUAAUCUUGAUAUGGAACCUUACACCUUCAAUGGCAAAUUGACCAGCUUGUAUCUGCUUGGGCCGGAUGGAUCCACCUCGAUGCACCAGUCUAUCCGGUAUCCCGAUUAUCAAAACACGUAUUACUGAGUUCAUCUGGUCACGAUGUACGUAUUCUAUUCAAUUGGAGCCGAUCGCGAAAUUUGUCUCCAAGGUGGAGAUGUGACAAGUAAAUCGUCAAGCUGGAUUUGAGUGAAUGUUACUCGCGAAUCUCUCGACAUGUGCAACCGAGUGAAUCUGAAGAAACCAAUCUCAUAUAAAAAUAAUGUUGAACGAUGUUCCGAAGUUGUAGCUUAUAAUUAACGCGCUGCAAUAUUUGUAAUUUAUAUACCUUAUCAUUGUUAUAUUUAUAUUAUUAUAUUGUAUUAAAAUCGUAAUUAUUGAAAUCCAAUUGAUUGUAUAUAGAACCAAGUUGCGAAAAAAGUAUUGUGAACCAAGUUGCGAAAAAAGUAUUGUGUUCCAAUUAUAAGUUUGCUAAAUUAAAUUCAUUUUAUCGUUUUUCGAUGGCUCGUUAAAAAUCAUAUUACAUUUACAAACAUCAUUUUGCUCGACUCGCAUUUUGUUUGAAAUAACAUUUUCCGAGAGAAUUAUAUCAUAUUACGUUACUUCAUUAUUAUUGAUGUGAGUGUGUUAGAAUUAUUUAUAAGUAACGAUGGUGUGUCACGUGUAAUGCAAUUUUGCAUUUACUGCUCAAUAAUCAAUUUUCAAUA